AUGGCAGCUCCUACAGCUAUAAAAAAUUUAGAACCUACAGUUUCUAAACAAAUUAAUGAACCUGAAGAUGAUGAAAUGAUUGACGUUAAUACCAUACCCACUGAAGAAACUGAAGUCUCCAAGAAAGAAGUUUCAGGAGUUGUUUUUGAUGAAAGUGGAAAACCAAAAUUCACAGCUGCUAAUAAAGCAGGAAUGAAAGUUAAAUUGGAAAGUAGAAAAGUCCCUGUACCUCCACAUAGAUUAACACCUUUAAAAACCACAUGGCCAAAGAUUUAUCCACCAUUGGUUGAUCAUUUAAAAUUACAAGUUAGAAUGAACUUAAAGACUAAAACCAUUGAAUUAAGAACUAAUAAGAAUACUACUGAUCCUGGUGCAUUACAAAAGGGAGCUGAUUUCGUCAAAGCUUUCACUUUAGGAUUUGAUGUAGAUGAUGCUAUAGCCUUAUUAAGAUUAGAUGAUUUAUAUAUCGAAACUUUUGAAGUUAAAGAUGUUAAAACUUUAACUGGUGAUCAUUUAUCAAGAGCUAUUGGUAGAAUUGCUGGUAAAGAUGGUAAAACCAAAUUUGCCAUAGAGAAUGCUACUAGAACCAGAAUUGUAUUGGCUGAUUCAAAAAUCCAUAUUUUAGGAGGUUUUACUCAUAUUAGAAUGGCUAGAGAAUCUGUGGUAUCAUUGAUUUUAGGUUCUCCUCCAGGUAAAGUUUAUGGUAAUUUACGUACUGUUGCAUCAAGAAUGAAAGAACGUUAUUAG